AUGGGUGCCAACGAGUUUAAGAGCUCGUCAAGGGUAUGGGCAUUGUCAAGUACAUUGGGUCCUAUUCAUUUGUGGCCUGUGGCUAUACACAGGCUACAUAUUUCUACCCAGAUGGCAAGAGCGUCGAGACCAAUGCCCCAUCCGUGUCAUUCUUCAUGGCUCUGGCAAGGGAGGGCAUGGACAUUAGGGCUUUGUUUUCGUAUCAGAGAGAGAAACAACGGCACAGGGUGUAGCCAUUUUCUGAAGAGGCUCCACAGUGAUCCCGAUACGCUUAAAUACUGUGGAAGCAUGUGGGUUUUGGAGGGUUACGAACUUCUUCGACAGGUUUUGAUAGAUGGUUUGGUCCCUGAAAGUGCUGCAUUCAAUAAAUUGAUUUCUGGGUUUUGUAAAGAGAAGCAGUAUACUAGAGUAUCCAAACUCCUCCACACCCUGAUUGCAAAGAACCGUGUCCCAGAUAAUUAUAUGUAUCAUGAGGUAUAAUCAAUUGGCUGUGUAAGAAAGGAAAGAGGUUCGAGGGUUUACGGGUUUUUAAUGAUCUUAAGGAUAUAGGUUGUACAAUGAGUUGGAUUGGGGAAGCUACGAAGCUGUGG